AUGUCAGCUAGUGAACGAUACACCGCUAUUCUCAAAAUUUAUACCGAAGAACUGGAACACCCUACUUUAAGACAAGAUUCAGAAGAGUAUCAGACACUUCUCACCUCUACGAUUCAAGACCUUCUUUCAUUGAAGACAAUAGUAUAUGGAAAAUUAGCCCUGUUUAGUAACAAUGAAACCCUGGACGAUAUAUCAACGAAUUCACUAAAGUUUCUGUCGAUAGAUUAUUACCUAGGAACAAUGUGUUCUAAGAAGCAAGCCACCGCCAAGCAGGUUGGUGAUCCAAGUUCAAAGAAUAGAAUGAAGGUGAAAUUUUUAGAGAAGUCCGUACAGAUUAUUAUGCAAUUCCUCACCAUGUUGCAAGACUAUGAAAUAUUGGAUACUAUGCUGGCUAGAAAGAUUGAUUCAUUUGCGGAUGCCUUCAAACCGAAGCUCGAAGAAUUAUAUUUUCAGCCAUCAAAUAGCACCGAUUUAUCUGGUGCAGAAAUGAAGAGACAGCAGAAAAUAGAAAUGUUCCAGCAAACUAAAAUGAUAAAUAAUAAAUUAAAAGAAUUGGAAUCUCGAUUAAAAAACAAAGGUGAUGAAGAUAUGGAUGGACAAGACAACAAAGAUGAUGAGCUACUACGUAGCCUAUAUGUACAAAAAUUAAAAAGUUUAAGCUACCAGAGUUUCAAUGAAAUUGAACAAAUCCUGUACGAAAGUGAAUUACUAAAUAACUUCCUUCAAAGGGCACCAAAUAUGGAAGAAUUGGAUGGUAACAAUGCUACGAAGGAUCAGCCUGAUUCUACAGGAUUCACUGAUAAGCUUGAAACUUUAAACAAACCGCUAUUGUCUAAGACUGGGAAAAUAUUAAGAAAUUUUACGUUGAUCGACCAAAAGACUCAGUUGCAAAAUAAAGUACGCGGUUACGGUCAAUACGGACCAACAAUGUCUGUGGAAGAAUUUCUAGAAAAAGAAUGGGAGGAGGGAAGAGUACUCCAAGGUGGGGAGAAUGAUACAGCUGAACACAAAGAAGACGAAGAUAAUGAGCGUUGGCAAGAUGAACAGACCUACAAGGCACGCGAAUGGGACGAGUUUACGGAAGCCAACCCACGAGGUAGUGGAAACACAAUUAACCGAGGUUAG